CGCAAAAAUGCCAAUUCAACGGUGACCAUGAAGACGGAGUUUAGGUUCUCCAACCUUUUGGGGACUGUAUACAGCCAGGGAAACCUGCUCUUCAGCCCUGAUGGAUCUUGUCUAUUCUCUCCAGUCGGGAAUCGAGUGACGGUUUUCGACUUGAUAAAUAACAAAUCCCAUACUCUCCCAUUCGCGCAUCGAAAGAACAUCGCCAGACUCGGCCUCACACCGCGGGGUAAUUUACUUCUUUCAGUCGAUGAAGAUGGCCAUGCAAUAUUGACAAGCGUAUCUCGACGAAUCGCCCUCCACCACUUUACAUUCAAGUCUUCAGUCUCUGCACUCGCAUUUUCUCCCUCGGGACGUCACUUUGCUGUGGGAGUGGGGCGGCAUAUACAGGUUUGGCACACACCUUCAACGCCAGAUCAAAACGUGGAUGGAGAGUUAGAAUUUGCCCCGUUCAUACUGCAUCGAGUGUAUGCAGGUCACUAUGAUACAGUCCAGAGUAUUGAGUGGUCUAGUGAUUCUAGAUUCUUUCUUAGCGCAGCUAAGGACUUGACCGCCCGAAUAUGGAGUUUGAAUCCCGAGGAAGGCUUUGUUCCAACGACACUUGCGGGACAUAGGGAAGGUGUUCUCGGCGCAUACUUUUCAAGGGACCAAGAGACGAUUUAUACAAUAAGCAAAGAUGGUGCUGUUUUCCAAUGGGCAUACUUGAGGAACCCCAAUGCACCUGAACCAGAGGAGGACGAGGAAAUGGAAGAUGCAGACGAAGAUUCCCAUGCCAGAUGGAGAAUUACACAACGACAUUACUUCUUGCAAAAUAAUGCCAAGGUUAAUUGUGCGGCAUACCAUGCAGACUCGAAUCUGUUAGUGGCUGGUUUCUCGAACGGCGUUUUCGGACUAUACGAGAUGCCCGAAUUUAAUAUGAUACAUACUCUGAGUAUCUCUCAAAAUGAUAUCGAUUUCGUCACCAUCAACAAAACUGGCGAGUGGUUGGCAUUUGGAGCCUCAAAGCUUGGUCAAUUGUUGGUUUGGGAAUGGCAAUCCGAGUCCUAUAUUUUGAAACAGCAAGGCCACUUCGAUUCCAUAAACGCCUUGGUGUACUCUCCAGAUGGACAGAAAAUUGUCACAACAGCUGACGAUGGCAAAAUCAAAGUCUGGGACGUGAAUUCGGGGUUCUGCAUAGUCACUUUCACUGAGCAUUCAAGUGGAGUUACAGCUUGCGAAUUUGCGAAGAAGGGAAAUGUUUUGUUCACAUCAAGUCUUGAUGGAUCCAUAAGAGCGUGGGAUUUGAUUCGAUAUCGAAAUUUUCGAACAUUCACUGCCCCAACACGAUUAUCAUUCUCAUCUCUGGCCGUGGAUCCUAGCGGGGAGGUGGUCUGCGCUGGAUCUUUAGACUCCUUCGACAUCCACAUAUGGUCAGUUCAGACUGGCCAAUUACUCGAUCGAUUGGUAGGCCAUGAAGGGCCGAUCUCAUCACUUGCCUUUGCGCCAAAUGGAGGCGUUGUUGUCAGUGGAAGCUGGGAUCAUACAGUCCGAAUAUGGUCGAUCUUCGACCGAACACAAACCAGCGAACCUCUGCAACUUCAAGCCGAUGUUCUCGACAUAGCAUUCAGGCCCGAUUCGAGACAACUUGCUGUAUCAACACUGGAUGGCCAGCUCACAUUUUGGUCAGUCUCAGAAGCAGAACAACAAUCAGGAGUCGAUGGAAGAAGAGAUGUCUCUGGUGGUCGCAAAAUUACAGAUCGUCGCACUGCUGCCAAUGCGGCUGGGACGAAGAGCUUCGGCGCUAUCAGGUAUAGUGCCGACGGCACAUGUGUACUGGCUGGUGGAAACAGCAAGUAUAUUUGCCUCUAUUCAGUCGACUCGCUCGUACUGUUGAAAAAAUACACAGUCAGCAUCAACUUGUCAUUGUCAGGGACACAGGAGUUCCUGAACAGCAAGCUGUUGACGGAAGCUGGCCCAGCUGGCCUUAUUGACGAGCAAGGCGACGCAUCAGAUCUCGAGGACCGGCUCGACAAAAGCCUUCCAGGAUCCACAAGAGGUGGUGACCCAUCGGCCAGGAAGCGUAUGCCGGAAGUACGAGUAACAGGUGUAGCUUUUGCGCCAACAGGCAGGUCUUUCUGUGCCGCCUCUACCGAAGGACUUUUAAUAUAUAGUCUGGAUACGAUGCCGCUUUUCGAUCCUAUCGACCUGGACUUAGCUGUCACACCAGCCUCAACACUGCACGUUCUGCAGAAGGAGAAAGACUACCUAAAAGCCCUCGUCAUGGCUUUCAGAUUGAACGAAGUUCCAUUAAUACGACAAGUCUACGAAGCAAUCCCGCAUAGCAACAUCGGACUCGUCGUUGAAGAGUUACCUGUCGUAUACGUACCACGGCUACUUCGUUUUGUUGGCAAGCAAACAGAAGAGUCACCUCAUUUAGAAUUUUGCCUGCUGUGGGUACAGGCCAUUUUGAAUGGACACGGUCAGUGGAUCCGUGAGAAUCGAGCAACUGUGGAUGCAGAGUUGAGGACGGUCAGUCGUGCUGUUGGAAGGAUUAGAGACGAGUUGAGACGACUGGCCGAUGAGAAUUGUUUUACGAUUGAUUAUCUUCUGAGUCAACCGACGGCGCAAAAUGGGGCGCAAAAUGGUGCUGCAAAUGAGCAGAAGUCUAUCACAAAUGGAACUGAUACCCAACAAGUGGAGAUUGAAGAGGAUGACGACGACGAUACUGAGUGGAUAGGCUUAGACUAGGAAUCUAAUGUUCGAGCAUUCGGGUCUGCUAUAAUGUACUUGUUGGGCAGUCAGUUUGCACCCCCAAGAUGAGUUCGAAUCUUCCAUCGUUGUGUUGGGCAAUGGGCCUAUAGGUGGCAAGUCAAGCCACCUCCGUUGCUAAAGCGCCUGAGACGAAUCCUAGACACAUGCCUCCAUUUCCGGGCUCGAUGCAUCUAGCAGAAAGCGGCGGGACUUUCAGCAUAGAGUAGCUAAUCGGUUCUUUCGUCUCAGCUUUUCCCAGCCUCUUCGCCUUAAGCUAUUCUCGCCAAACUGGCCAGUGCCUUCGCCCAGAGUUUCCCUGUUCCCCCAUUCAGCUCCACGUGCCGCGUCAGCUCCCCGC